UAGGCGCCGUCGCCAAUGUACCGUCACCAGGCGGCUCUGGGAACCUGUUUUCCCCCGAGCAGCUAUGAGCAAGCGGAACCAGGUUUCGUACGUGCGGCCAGCCGAACCGGCGUUCCUGGCUCGCUUCAAGGAACGGGUCGGCUACAGGGAGGGCCCUACCGUGGAAACCAAGAGAAUCCAGCCUCAGCUCCCAGAGGAAGAUGGUGAUCACAGUGACAAAGAAGAUGAACAGCCCCAAGUGGUGGUUUUAAAAAAGGGAGACCUGUCAGUUGAAGAAGUCAUGAAGAUUAAAGCAGAAAUAAAGGCUGCCAAAGCAGAUGAAGAACCGGCUGUAGUUGAUGGAAGAAUUAUGUAUCGAAAACCGGUCAAGCGUUCCUCGGAUGAAAAAUAUUCAGGUCUAACAGCAAGCUCGAAAAAGAAGAAGGCAAAUGAAGAUGAAAUUAAUAAGCAGGACUCAGUUAAAAAGAACUCACAAAAGCAAGUCAAAAACAGUUGCCUCCUUUCUUUUGACAAUGAGGAUGAAAGUCAGUAAGUGUAAAUAUUUUGGACUUAGUCUUCCUUAAGAGUAUAUAGGGUGUUUUCUAAAGUGACACUUUUUUAUUUCUAUUUAAAGAUGACACAAAUUCAUUAUAGAAAAUUCACAGGGGCACCUGGGUGGCUCAGUGGG